CACCAAAUUUGGAACAUCUCAGGAUAUUGCCAACAAGGGAACACAUGCAUGUCAAUGAGUACAACUAUUGUGAUGAUGACAAUGAGGAUGUUCUUGUACAUGAAUGGGAUGCACCGGAGUUCGCACAUAUUUCUUUGAUUUCACACCUCAAGACUGUUUGCCUAUGGGAUUUCAAGGGGUGUCCAAAUGAGGUGGAAGUGGCAAAGUACUUGGUGAAGCAUGGCAAAUCUUUGAAUAAGGUGACUAUUCAUUUUCGCUUUGGUGAAAACAAAGAGAUGAAGUCACAGUCUGCUAUCACCUUGUUUUCGUCGCAAUUUCUGAAGUUCCCGAGGGGUUCCAAGACUUGUGAAGUUGAAUUUCAAAUGAUCAGUUGACAUGGAUCCUCGUU